AAAUAGCGCGUUAUCGCCUGUUGUGCCUAAACGCGGUUUGGUCCUGUGCACUCUCCGUAGUCAGCUGAUCAUACAGGUGAAAGGUCAACUGUUAGACAAAAUGGACGUCAACCAGGUUAAACAGGAGCAUCUCCUGGCAUUAAAAGUGAUGCGUCUGACGAAACCCACACUGUUCACUAACAUGCCUGUGACCUGUGAAGACCGAGACCUGCCAGGUGCUCUGUUUGGGCAGCUCAUGAGGGAGGACCCAUCUACUAUUAAAGGGGCGGAGACUCUGAUGCUGGGGGAGAUGCUCACACUACCACAGAAUUUUGGAAAUAUUUUCCUUGGUGAAACCUUCUCCAGUUACAUCAGUGUCCAUAAUGACAGUAAUCAGGUGGUGAAGGAUAUUCUAGUGAAGGCUGAUCUCCAGACCAGCUCUCAGAGGUUAAAUCUUUCUGCGUCUAACGCUGCCGUGUCUGAGCUCAAACCCGAGUGCUGCAUCGAUGAUGUCAUCCACCAUGAAGUUAAAGAGAUCGGCACACACAUCCUGGUGUGUGCUGUCAGCUACACCACUCAGACUGGAGACAAACUGUACUUCAGGAAGUUUUUCAAAUUUCAGGUUCUCAAGCCUCUGGAUGUGAAAACCAAGUUCUACAAUGCAGAGAGUGACCUCAGUUCUGUGACUGAUGAGGUUUUCCUGGAGGCGCAGAUCCAGAACAUCACCACCUCACCCAUGUUCAUGGAGAAAGUGUCUCUGGAACCUUCCAUGAUGUACAACGUCACAGAACUGAACACAGUGUGCUCAGGAGAGGAGCGAGAGUCGACGUUUGGGAAGAUGUCGUACCUGCAGCCCAUGGACACACGGCAGUACCUGUACUGUCUGAAACCCAAACCUGAGUUUGCAGAGAAAGCAGGAGUCAUUAAAGGAGUCACUGUCAUCGGGAAACUGGACAUCGUGUGGAAGACCAACCUGGGGGAGAGAGGACGAUUACAGACCAGCCAGCUGCAGAGAAUGGCUCCAGGUUAUGGAGAUGUUCGGCUCUCACUAGAGCUCGUUCCUGACACGGUGAACAUCGAGGAGCCGUUUGACAUCACAUGUAAAAUCACAAACUGCAGUGAACGCACCAUGGACCUGCUCCUGGAGAUGUGUAACACUCGGUCAGUUCACUGGUGUGGAGUAUCAGGCAGACAGCUGGGAAAACUGGGUCCAAGUGCAUCACUGUCCAUCCCACUGCAGCUCCUGUCCUCUGUACAGGGACUACAGAGUAUAUCAGGUCUGAGGCUCACAGACACUUUCCUGAAACGGACAUACGAGUAUGAUGACAUAGCUCAGGUGUGUGUGGUGUGUCCGUACCUGAGCCCUGAGACCUGAGACCUGAGGCUGCUCUGACUUCCUGUACUGGUCACCUAAACCUCCACAGACCAACUGCAUCACCACUUUUUACAUCAGCUGACCUGCUUCUUUUAAAAUAUGUGCUUUUAAAGCCUGCUUCAGAUUUUAAGUGUGUAUAUGUUAAUAAAAGAGAGAACUGACCUCUAAAUACGA